UUAAUAUUUGGUCAAAUUGCAUACAUACCUGUGGUGAUAAAUAUGUGAUGAUUAUAAAGGUAACUUAAUGUGAAUAAUAAAUCAAUCCAAAGAUAGAUUUAUUAUUUGACAUAACUUAUCAUCAAUGUUUGAUCACUACAACAAGAGUACCACUUACAGUUAAUAUUACUGUCCAAAGACUUGAUAUUAAUGUUGUGCUAGGUAUCUUGAAAUGUCAUAAUUGCUUUUAAAUUUAAAGAUUAUGUGUUUAAUUGCUUAUUUUAUGUGAGCAUGAUGGUUUAUUUGAUUCAUUUUAUUUUGUUCUGGAUUCAGCUUUUAUAUCAACCACUUCUAUAUCUGCCAACAUCAAUAAUGUCCCUAUGUUAAAUGGGACUAAUUUUAAGGACUGGAAAGAGAAUAUGAUGAUUCUCUUAGGCUGCAUGGAUAUAGACUUAGCCUUGAGAAUGCCCAAACCCGAUGAACUCAAUGAGCAAAGUACUCAAGAGGAUGAGGUUUAUUGGGGUAAGUGGGAACGUUCAAAUAGGCUAAGUCUUAUGAUCAUGAAACGCGGCAUUCCAGAAGCUUUCAGGGGUGCGGUAACCGAUGAGGUUACUAAUGCCAGUGACUUCCUUGCGGAAAUUCAGAAGCAUUUUGCCAAAAACGAUAAGGCUAAAACGAGCACGCUUUUAGCAAGCUUGAUUUCAAUGAAGUAUAAAGGCAAGGGUAAUGUUCGGGAGUACAUCAUGGAGAUGUCUCAUCUUGCUUCAAAACUUAAGGCUUUGAAACUCGAGUUAUCUGAUGAUUUACUCGUGCAUUUGGUUCUCAUCUCUCUUCCUGCACAAUUUAAUCAAUUCAAGGUCAGUUAUAACUGUCAAAAGGAUAAAUGGACUCUUAAUGAGCUCAUUUCAUUCUGUGUGCAAGAGGAAGAGAGAUUGAAGCAAGACAAGACCGAAAGUGCUCAUCUGGCUAGCACUUCGAAGGAUAAGGGCAAACGAAAGAAUAAGGAUAAUAAGGUUGCUGCUUCUAAUGGUCUAGAACAAAAGAAACAGAAAGUUGAGGUAACAUGUUUCUUCUGUAAUAAGCCUGGACAUACUAAGAAGGAAUGUACCAAGUAUGCUGCUUGGCGUGUUAAGAAAGGGUUGCCUGAGUUACCGAAAACCAAGUGAUGCUGAAAGAUGCAUCUAUGUCGGAGACGGUCAGUCGGUAGAAGUAGAGGCAAUAGGGCACUUUAGAUUAUUAUUGAAAUCUGGUUAUUUUUUGGAUUUAAUAGA